UCACAAAAAUAAUAAAUAAAUAAAUAUUAAUCAAUUAAUUUAAUCUUAUUUAUUGAUAUAAUCAACCUUCCAAAAGAUUAAAUAAAUACUCAGCAUUAAUAUUCAAAAUAUAUCUAACUAAAUAUAGAGACAAUUUUAUAAAAAAGAUACCUAAUUAAGCUUAUAAAUCAAUAGGUAGCUUGAGAAAUGAAUUAGUAGUAGCUUACUUAGACUUUUAAUAAGUGCAUUCAAAAUGAAAAUGAUCUUUGGCUAAACUUUUAUCCCUUUUUGGAUAAUGUAGAACAAGAUGUCGUAGUUAAGGUUUUAGUCGAUAAUGUAUAGUAAACAAUAAAAGAUUAAAAGAUUAAAGCUGUAUAAAAAUAUUAUUCUCUAUAGCUAUUAAAAUCAUGCAUCGUUAACAAAAAAGCAAACAAGCUGGCUGAAUAUACAGCUAAAAAGUUAUUGCCUACCUUAACAGAAAUAGCUAAACACAACAAAGGAUCUAAUGAUCCUAAAAGAGGUUAAAACGUUUUUGGAGCUGGUUAAGACAAAGAUGCUUCAAACGAUUUUUUCUUCCUCCUUUUAGAAAGUAUUAAAGCGUGGAGUUUAAUUUUUGCAAAUAUUCCUGAAUUUUAGAAAAAUUAUAAUUCUCUUACUAAAGAGGGUGUUAUAUUUCCUAAGGAAAUGAUUAACUAUUAAAUGGAACUUUAAGAAUUAGGAAUAAAUCCUUCAGGCAAUUCUUCUGGCUAAGCUUCUUAUAGUAACAUGCAAACUCCUUAACAAAAUAAUAAUUAAAGAAGUUAACAAAACCAACAGCAAUAAUUAGAUCCAUAAACUCAAGAAUAAGUAAAAAAGUUGUCUAAAUUCCUUUCAAAUAUAGAUUAGAAUUUAAGAGUUAUAGAUAAUGCUGAUCCAUAGUAUUUAGAUUUUUAAACUCUUGAACAGUGCAUAGGACCUUUGCAAAAAUAACUAAGUAAAAUUUCAGAGCCAUUAAUUUUGUAAGUAUUAUAGAUGCCUUAAACUUAAGAAACUGAAAACUUACAAAAAAAAAUGUUUGAGGUCAAAGAUUUACUAGAAACUAUUAUUAAGCAGUAUCAAAAAACUGCUGAAAAUCCAAAGAUAUUUCCUCAAAUUAUUUCAAAUAUAACUUCACAGAUUUCAAUUUAUUUACAAAAUAAUGCUGAUAGCACUGGAAGCUAGAUAAUGCAACAAGCUCCUCCUCUUCAGCAAUAAUAACAAUAACAGUUUUAAUAAUUUUAAUUUGAUCAACAACCAAAAUCAGCGAGUAAAUCGAAUUUUAAUGAUUUUAAUAACUUUGGAUAGGGAUAAACAUCUUUUUAGUAGAAUUAAGAUUUUGCUGGUGCUAAUUAAUACGCAUUUGAUAAUUUUAACGCAGCAGCUCCUUCAUUCAAUUAAUAGAAUUAACAAUAAAAGUAAGGAUUUGAUGGUUAAAAAGAUGUAUUUAGUGAAUUUGGUGGAUUUUAAGGAACAGAUCUUCCUCCAUAAUCAAAUAAUACUUUUGACUAAUUUGGUGCUGGAUUUGGCUAACCUACUACUCAGAAUAAAGGAAAUUAAGACAUGAGUGGCUUUGGCUUUGGUUUUGGAGAGUAACCAACAAACUAAUUUUAAAACUAAUAACAACACGAUGAUGAUCAUAAUGUUCAAAAAUAAUAAGCAGCUUUAGAUCCUAGUCAUUUUGGAUUUGAUACCUAAGCUAAUUAAAUGUAAUAAAAUGCAAAUAUGGGUUAAUUUGGAUUUGAUGAUCACUCUUAAAAUUAAGGAGCUAAUUAAUAAUAUUCAGCUUAACAUUUUGGGUUUGAAGAAUAAAAAUAAAAUACAAUUAAUCAAGCAUUUUCUGGCAUAGAACCUAACCAUACUGAUAAUUUAUCAAGAAAAGCGAGUGUUUUUGAAGAUAAAUCUAAUUAAAAUACAAGUUAUGAUUAAAACAAAAACAACCCUUUUAAUGAUCAUCAUUCUUAAAAUUAGCCUUACGGUUUAGAAUAAAAUAAUUUCGGGUUUAAUAAUCAAUUUGAAUAAUAAAAUCAAGCAGCACACCAUGAAGGAAAUGCUGAUUUUUUCUAAUCUUAACCUGGCAAAAAUUAAGUUAGUAACACUGGAGAACAAGAUAACCAUGAUACUUAGUCUUAGAAAUCAUAAAAAAAUCAAGGCGAUCCCAAUUAAAAUGCGUUUUCAACACAAAAUCACGAUAUGUAUUGGGGAGGAGAUUAUAACAAUUAUAAUGGAAAUUAAAGCAAUUAAAUAGAAAAUCAUGAAAUCAGCCAUAGAUAGUCUGAAGUGCAUAAUGAAGGUUAAGUUGAAACUACUCAAUAAAUACAACAUUUAUCCUAAACAGAUGUGUAAAAUUAAUCUAUGUCAAACGAUUAACAUAAAGUAGGAUACGAUCAUAAUGAUUAUAACCAAUAAUAACCGGUUCAUACAUAGUAAAGCUAGGGAUACAAUAAUAAUGACUAUGGAGCUUAUGGAUGGAACGAUCAUAAUCAACAAAAUUAAUGGGGUGAUCAUAAUAAUAACUAUGGAGGUGACACUCACAAAAAUAGUUAAAAUUUUAAUGAUGUGAAUUAAAGCUACAACUAAGGACACAAUAAUGUUUACAAUGAUUAUGAUCAUUAUGGGUAUAAUUACAAUUAAAAUGAAUAUAAUCCAUCUGCUGGUUAAAUUAAUAAUACUCAAAAUAGUAGAAGACCUAGUUAAACAGAUUUCAAUUAGCAUAAUUAUAGCAGAAAGUAAAGCUAAACUUUUAGUUAAGCAGGAGGAUAAUAGUAACUUGAUGACUAAAAAAAGGAUAGCUAAAGUGUAAAAGAUAGUGUUUAUAAUGCUGGUCUAACAGACUCUCAAUAUGAUAUGGUUUUGAAUAAAAAUAAUAGUGCAUAUCUAAAAUGGAAAUAAGAAUAAAAUUUUUACAACAAUCCUAUAAUCCCAGAUAAUGAUUACCAAAACAAAGACUUUGAUUUAAAACCUGUUGAAAAAAAUGUUUAUGAUCCAAAUGAAAAUUAUGACAUUUCUCCUCCUCCUCAUUAACAUGAACCUCAAAACGCAUCUUAUUUAGAUAUAAAUAAAAAUGCAGUAAACACCUCUAUGAAUGCAGCCAAUAAUGCACCUAUGAAAACUGAAGAUCUGUUUGGUUAAGAUUAAGGCAGUCAACGUAGACAACCAAGUCAAUAAAGUGAUUACAAUUGGAAUGCAGGUGCAUAAGUAGCAGGAACUGGGGCAGACACAAUGAGUAAUUAAGGCAGAAGAAAAGACAGUAUAUAGAGUAAUUCUUAAAAUAACUAAAAUGUUAACUAGAAUCCAGGUUGGAACGACAAUCAUGGCUUUGACUUUUUUAAUGAGCCUGCACCUUAAUAAAAAUAGCCUAGCAACUCUUAAAUUCCUCAAACAGAUUUCUUUUAAGAUAAUACAAGUUAACAAGGAAACAAUAGCAAGAAUUUGAAUAAUUCAAUUCACUAAAGUAACAAUAAUGAUUGGGGAUAAAAUAAUUUUGAUUAACAUUAUGACUUUAAUUAUAACGGUGGAUAAACAAAUACAAACGCUAGUUAGUAAAAGAUGGAUUUUCAUGAUCCAGUAGGUUUUGAGCAUUAAUAAUCAUAGCAUCAAAGCUAAUCUAACUAAAAUUAACAUGAUUUAUUUGGAAAUGAUUUUGUGAAUCCAUCUUAAUAGGUUGUGUAAUAAUAACCUUAAAAUAAUGUGUAAUAAAAUAAUCAAUUUGAUUUUUUCGAUGAUAAUAAUUAAAAUACCUAUUAGCAGUAAGCUGCUCAUCCAGAAGUAGAAUAAAAGCAAUGGUUUAAUGAUAUGAAAUAGCCACAUGUCGAAGAUGAUUUCUUCAACAACGUUGGUUCUAAAUAAUAGUCUUAACAUACUAAUUAAAGUGCUGCAGCUGCUGCUGUACCUGCAACUAAUACAAACUUUUUUGACGAUUUUGGUACAACUCCUACUCCAUAAUAGUAGCCAUAGCAGUAAACUUAAGUUCAUGACAAUCAAUUUGACUUUGGGGCAUUUAAUAACUAAAGCUAACCUUAAGCCUAACCAAGUGAUUUAUCAAAUAACUAAGCACAAUGGAACUAGCCAGAUGGUUAUUAUAAAUAAUAUUAAGAGGAUCCUAAUUAAUAGAAGCAAAAACCACCUGGUUAGGUAGACUUGUUUGAUAUGGCAGAUGCUCCAAAUCCAUAUUAAUAGCAACAGCAACAACAAUAAUAAAAUUAGUUUAACUAACAUACCUAACAAAGUCAAUAAUAAGGCUAAGGAGAAGGAGGAUUUGAUUUUUUCGGAUUAUAUAAUUAAAAUAAUACAAACUAAAUGAUGAAUAUGUCAUAAUAAUAACAGCAACAAUAGGGAGGUUUUGGUUUCAACCAGUAGGGAUAGUAAUUGUAUUAGCAAUUUUAAUAACCUAGAGAAUUAGCUUAACCUGGUAAGGCUAGCAAUGUUGGUGAUAUACUGCCAGCUUAUUAACUUUUUAACAAAAUGGUGAGAGAUGGAAUAGUCUAGACAACAAAUGAAUUUGACAAAGCUAGAAUUGGCAUGAAAACCUAUAAGAUUUUAGAAGUUUCUCCUGAAAUCAGAAAAAGAAAUGAAGAAUUUUAUUAGUAAUUAAACAGAGAAGAAGCAAUUAAAGGUUUUAUGGAUGAGUAGAAAAAAGAAUUAUUAAACAAAAAGCUAAUAGAAACAGAUGCUGAUAAAUCUUCUAUAAUUGAUAAAAAGCUAGAAACUUUAAAUGUCUUUUAGCUUUUAAUUAUUGAUAGAUAAGAUUAUUUAGACCCUCUUAGUCAGUUGAUUGUUCCAAAGCCAGUACAAACUUUAUCAAAAAGCACAUUCGAUCCAUAGUUUUAAUCAAUUGUUGGUGCAGAACAAAAAGAAAACUCUAUAAAAGAGAUCAAAGAGCUAAAUCAGCAGAUAAUUGUUCUAUAAAAUCAAAUAGAAUAAAGAAAUAUUGAUGAGUAAAUCUUAACUAAGAGGAUCGAUGAGUUGUAAAAGGAUUUAUUUAGUUCAAACAGCAAUGUUGAGAAACUUAGAAAAGAAUUGGAAGGUUUAUUAUCAGACCAUGAUAAGAUUUUAAUUUCAGAGAAAGAAGUUAAGAAAGAAAAUGAAAAACUCUUGAAAGAAAUUUCGAUUUUAAAAGAAGAAUUAAUAAAACUUAAAGAAGAUAACACAAAAAUUUUAAAUGAAGCAAUCGAUCCUGAAUAUAUCAAGAAGUCUUACCUCAAUAAUUUUUCUCCUAUAAAGAACGGCUCAGAUUAAAUUGACAGCAAAUUAGAUUUAGAUCCUUAGAGUAAAAAGAUUUUAAAUACUGUGAGAUAAAGGUAUAAUGAAUACCACAGUGUGUAAAUUAGUAGAACUAUGAGAGAAGGUUAUAAAGUAGUUGAAGAAAAGGUUAAUUCCUCUAAUUCACUAGAAUUUGCUAACAAAGUUACAAAUAACUUAGAUAAAUUACUUAAAUUAAACUAUUAAUCUUCACCUUAUCAAGAUGAUGCUUUGGUUUAGAUGAUAGGAAAUAAAACAAUUAGAUAAAAGCAAAAGGAGAAAAAUAAGAUUUUCUAUAAUACAACUUAAUUUAAAGAGUUAGUUGAUUUACCAAUUUAUUAAAAGGAUAGAGAAAAUUUAGAUAAUUUUAAAUAUUCCUGUCUAAAUUCAAAAGCAAUUCUAUAUGAAAAUACUUUCUUGUAGAUAGGUUCCAUAACUUAAUUUGAGGAAAAUAAAGUUUCUAGACAAAAUCUCACUUUGAGCCUCCACUUUAUUAAUAAAACAUAGAACGCUGUUCAAUUUACAUUCAACUUCGCCACUAAUUACAAAAUGCUAAAACCAGGCUGUGAAGUUAAAGAUCCAGUAACUAUAAAAGGUAAAUCUUAAAAGAAGCAUACAGUAGAAGCUUAAGAGUUUGAUAUAAAAUAAUCAAUCCCUCUUGUUGAUAUAAAUAUUGUAAUUGACUAAGGCAAUGCAGAAGCAAGAAUAGCAAUUCCAAUAGCUUUAAAUAAAUUUAUGAUUUUCUAGCCUAUUGAUUAAAUGUAGUUCAGAUAAAAGUGGCUCAACUUCAAAACCUCAUAUAUUUAUAAUGAACCUAGGGAAAUAAAUGAAAGGUUCAUAAAAAAUCUUAGUGAUAUCAAAAGGUAUUUUGAAUGCAUGAUUGAAUUAAAUAAUAGAUAAAGACCUCUUCGUUCAAGAUAUGGAGUUUCCUUUAGAAUUAAUGGGGUAGGAUAAUUUUUGAUGAAAAUAUGUCUUGUCAACAAUUCUAAACUAACAUUCAAAAUAGCCACAUAUGAUUAAUAUAAAGAUGUUGCAGAAUACUUGUGUAACUAUCUUUGUUUUAUCUUCACAAUCUGAGAUAGUACUUUAAUUUUUAUAAUAAAUAUAUUUAACCUUCUUUUUGUAUCAACUAAUAUCCAUCAAUCCAUGUAUUCAUAAUUUAAUAUUUUAUUUUUGUGCUUUCUAUUAAAAAAAUUAAUUGUU